AUGGCUGAACCAGCUUCAGCGGUUAUUGCCCUCAUCGUGACGGGCCUCAAGACUUGGAGUGUCUUUGACGCCCUGAUCAAGGCCGUCAGCAACUCCCCAGCUGACGCCCAGCACUGGGCCGUGGUGAGCGAUGUGUUGAAGAAUUCAUGCUCGCUCAUGAAGGAGAGGUUGGAGAGAUGGCGAGCAACCGAUUUGACACCUACACAAGAGAAGUAUCUUGCAUCCAUUGGCGCACACCUCGAGCACUUCCAGGAGGACCUCUCUGGUCUAGGGAUACCAGAUGCAGAUGCCUUCUAUGGAGGAAACCCAAGUUUUAGGGAUAAAGUAAUGAUGGCGUUUCGAUCGAAGCUGGAUCAGGAUGACCACCUAAUCAAGCGAGUCGACCGAAGUAUCCAGAUCUUUCAGAUUAGUGCUUCGGUCCUGAGUCAAUUAGACUCAGGCCCCGUCGAGAGAGUCAGAGAGGUCCUCAACGAGCUCGGGACGGUAUUUCCACGAUUAUCGACCGACGAUCAGAAGCUGCAGAUAUGGAGGCAGACCACUCAGGCCUUGCUGACGGACACGGCGACGCAGCGCUUCCGCGAGAACCCGGACCCAUCGAACGCACAAACUGACAACCUCCUGCUGCCUUCAUCAGGACGCAGAAAGGGUAGCGUCAGAGAGCUCCAGUACAAGUUUGAGGCAGCACAGAACUGGGCUACUCGCUUCUUCGAGGCCGACAUGCCCAUUCUUGCCCUGCCGUUCCAACGGCAAGCGAUCGAGCUCGGAAAGGAGUUGAGGGAACAACAGCCUGACUAUACGUUGGACAUGGCAGAGCGGGUCAAUCUGGCGGAGAAGUACGUCGACAUCGCUAUUUCAUGCCAGAAGCAUGAUCAAACCGCCGUAUCAAGUGCCGUCGAGAGGCUUGAUAUGCUCGGUUCCACGGUGCUAGCCGAGUCACGCCCUCACACGACCCCCAAGCUGUGUGACGAGCAGCGCCGAAUCGCCGAGAUGUUUGCCGAUCUCAACGAAACUAACAAAGCCAUCGAUUUCUUUCGACACGCUAUCGAUGAUUACGUACGGCUGGGGAAGGACGACUAUCAUCGGGAGAUUUGCGAGACCUACAACCUGACUGUAGGUCAAUACCAGAGAAGCAGGAGACACAUUGACGUGGACGCGUUUCGAGCCGAGAUGCGUGAUGAGCUCGGAGACGACUUUGUACCGAGACGGGAUGGCCUUGCUCGAGCUGUUGCUUGGUGCACUUCUGAGGGAUUCAUUGUGACUGGUGAGGAUGAGCUCACCUUCACCCAAACCACAAACAAGGACGGAGAUACACCGCUGCAUGUGGCUGCCCGAGAUCGGGGAAUGAAUAUCUCAGUCCUGGAGGAGCUCAUGACCUUAGAAGAGUUCUAUGAGAUGGAGGAUAGGAAUGGAGACACACCUCUUCUUGUCGCUGUUAGCAACUCAAACAUCGAGGUCUUGAAGAAGCUUCUAACAAGGCCGUACCUGGUCCUCGUUAGAGACGCAAACAGACAGACACCAAUUCAUAGGUGUCGAGACAAGGAGACACUUCGGAUAGUGCUCCAAGCGGUAGAGACUGUCAGGAGUCUGCCGAGCCGUCCUGAGUUGGAAAAUAUUGAUAUCGACACAAAGGAUGGCUACGGACAGACGGCUUUGCACCUGUUUUGCUAUCAGCUUCAAGCCGGGCUUGUCAAGAUCCUGGUUGAGAAAGGAGCUAACGUGAACGCCCUUUGCUCAGGAGAUAGGACACCGCUGAUGCUUGCACUCCGGCAAGGACAGAGCGAGGCGGAACUACAUCGAAUUAUUAGAGUUCUGGUUUGCAGGGGCGCGCAUACAAUAGGCAAGGAUAGGUAUGGUCAGAAUGACGUGCAAAAGGCCCUUUUGAGAAAGGGGUAUGAUCAGAGGAAGAUCUCUAAGCUGAAGACUGGGGAUUCUGGCUCGAGUACAAUGAGUGCAAAGAGCUUUAGACGGGCGUCGACAAAGAGGGGGCACUGGCCGGCGUGGUUAUGUCUAUCGAAUACGCGGCGCGGUUAG